AUGAGUGGAAAUCCGACGUACCCAUCAAAGUUCACUGUUUAUGUCAUAUUAUGUUGGAUUCUUGCUGCUUUUGGUGGCCUUAUGUUUGGCUACGACAUCGGAAUUUCAGGUGGAGUGACAGCCAUGGACGAUUUUUUAAUUAAAUUCUUUCCCAAAGUCCAUGAAAGAAAGAUGCAUGCAAAGGAGGACAAUUACUGCAAAUAUGAUGAUCAAUAUCUUCAGCUUUUUACAUCUUCACUCUACCUAGCUGCUCUUGUUUCAAGCUUUGCUGCUUCAAAGGUUUGCACCAAAUUUGGCCGAAAGCCCACGAUUCUAGCGGCUUCUGUAUUUUUCCUUGCCGGAGCUGCCUUAAGUGCUAGUGCUCAGCACCUUUGGAUGCUCAUUAUUGGGCGUGUGCUUCUUGGUAUAGGCGUUGGCUUUGGAAAUGAGGCUGUUCCAUUGUUCCUGUCGGAGAUAGCCCCAGUCCAGCAUCGUGGAGCUGUCAACAUUCUCUUCCAACUAUUUGUAACAGUAGGGAUAUUAUUUGCAAAUCUUGUCAACUAUUGGACAUCGAAAAUUCACCCUUAUGGAUGGAGAGUGUCUUUGGGGAUUGCUGGCGUACCGGCUGCUAUAUUGUUCAUAGGUUCUUUGAUCAUCACUGAAACACCAGCGAGCCUGGUGGUGCGCGGAAAGGAGUCGUUGGGACAUACAACACUGCAAAAGAUUAGGGGUGUCAAGGAAGUCGAUGUUGAGUUCCAGCAGAUUAUGGAAGCCAGUGAAAUAGCCCGGGGAGUGAAGCAACCUUUCAAGAAACUCAUUAGCCCCAGCAGCAUGCCCCCUCUGAUUAUUGGCGUGAUGCUUCAAGUUUUCCAACAGUUUACAGGGAUCAAUGCUAUCAUGUUUUAUGCUCCCGUCUUGUUCCAAACUGUCGGAUUCAAGAACGAUGCUUCGUUGUUGUCCUCCGUGAUUACCGGACUUGUAAAUGUUUGCUGUACUUUUGUCUCGAUCUUUUCGGUCGAUAGGUUUGGUAGGAGGAAACUACUUCUUCAAGCCUGUGUUCAGAUGUUUGCAAGCCAGGCUAUAAUUGGUGGAAUUCUUCUACGUGACCUGCACGCCACGGAUUCACUGACAAAACCCGAAGCGAUUUGGGUUGUGUUUCUAGUGUGCAUGUUUGUCUCGGCUUUUGCUUGGUCAUGGGGUCCUCUUGGGUGGCUGAUACCGAGUGAAACAUUUCCUCUCGAGACGAGGACGGCUGGAUUCGCGUUCGCCGUUAGCUCCAACAUGCUUUGCACUUUCAUCAUAGCUCAAGCAUUCUUGUCGAUGCUGUGCCAUAUGCGUGCCUUGAUAUUCUUCUUCUUCGGUGGCUGGAUACUUGUCAUGGGAAUAUUUGUGUUUUUCUUGUUGCCCGAGACGAAAAAUGUGCCCAUCGAUGCCAUGGUCGACACCGUCUGGAAGAAACACCCUGUCUGGAAAAAGUUUAUAGCCGAUUAUGAAGGAAAAAAAACUGAUCCUUUUAUGGAUCAUCCAAUCCACAUCGACCUUGUAGCGGCCGUUUUUGAAGAGUUUUCAUCCCUGGCAAGCACAAAACUAAAAUCUAAUAGCAGCAGCUGCUUUCACCCAGAAGUUGAAAGCUGCAACUCCACUCAUAAAUCGUUGUAA